AUGGCCGGCGUAGACCUUCUGACGGCCGACCAGGGAGCGCGCCGGCCGGCCGUGGCGCCCAGCAGCGUGGUGGGCUUCUUCGUGCGCCGCAUGAGCCUGGCGCUGGCACGCCUGCCCUUUCAUGAAGUGACGCGCGUGUUUGCCGAGUUCGCGGCCUACCACGCGGCCGGCGACUUCCCGCCGGUGGGGGCGGCGGCCGAGCCGGACGACAUGGAGCUGGGGCCGGAGCCGGCCGAAGACGUGGCCGGUAAUGACGACAAUGGGCCGCCACCGGACGACAGCUGCAGCUGGGCCGGCCAGCGGCCGUCACGGCGCCAGGCCGAACUGCUCGUCUCCACCCAGAUGGAGCUGCUUCAGACCAACGAGAAGCUGGCGCUGCCGCCUGCACCGCUGCAGGAAGUGGCCGCCCGUCUGCUGCGCGACAACCCCGACCUGGCCGAGGCGCACUUUCUCAGCUUCCUCAACUGUCUGCGCGUGGGCGAGCUGUGUGGCGCCGUGCACAGCCUCUACCACAGCUUCGACCGGAUGGGCGCCGCCGCCGGCGGUGAGCCGUCGCGUGGCCUGCGGUACGCCGCGCUCAGCCUGGCGGCGCUGCACGCGCGCUUCGGACACCGGCGCGCCGCGCUAGCCGCCAUCCGGGAGGCGGUGACCAUGUCGCAGGACGGCAACGACAGCGUGUGCCUGCAGGAGGCGCUGACCUGGCUGUACAAGCUGGCCGACGACGAUGAGACCCGCGGCAGCCUCAUGCGGCACGCCAUCUCCAAGAGCGGCGAGCUGCAGCUGCACGAGCUGGCCUCGCUCGGCGUGCAGAACUACACCGAGCUGAUGGCGCAGUGCGGCGCGCGGCCCGCCGACGCCUUCCAGCAGCUGGCGCGCUCCGACCAGAUCAACUGCCAGCACUCGCUGCCGGCGCUGCUGGCGUCCGGGUACGCGGUGCGGGCGGCGCUCUGCGCCCUGUACGGCCGGCCCGGUCUGGCCUCGCUCUGCGGCCAGCUGCUGCUGUGUCUGGACACGGCCGGCGCCGGGCCGCACAGUGCGCCAGUCUGCGGUGAGCCCGUGGCGCUGGCCGCCGGUCAGCUGGCGCGCCAACUGGCCGCGCACGGCCAUUACGCGCGCGCCGACCAGCUGCCGCUGCUGGAUGAGUCCGCGCGGCUGCUGGGCCAGCUGGAGGCCUGGCUGCUGCUGAAGACCGUGCUUCACAUGCGCGCAGUCACCUGGCACGAACUGGGCGAUCGGGACGAGCGGAACGCGGCCGCCUCCCAGUACCGCCAGCUGGUGACGCAGCACCCGACCUUGGACGGUCGUCACCUGUUGCGCGUGACGUGACGCCGUCUGUCCGUGCCGACGGACGCCCGACACUGGCGCUGUCGCUCGGUGUGAAAAUGUCGCAUCUUUGUGAUCCGAGGCGUUUUUAAAGGCAAUGUUGAAAUAUGUACUUAC